AUGUCUGCCGAUAUGGGUUCAGAUCACGAAGAAAAGCGCCAUAAGAAGUCGAAGCGCAAGCAUCGGCACGAGGAAGAGGGCGACAAGAUGGACGUCGACGAGGAGCCAAAAGCGACCGAGACACCAAAGAAAGAGAAAAAGAAGCACAAGGAAAAGAAGAGGAAGGAGAGGACAGAAGACGUAAAGGCCGAAGAUGUCGAAGCUGAGCCAACCGCCUCGCCCGAAAAGAAGCACAAAAAGCACAAGAGCACAGACAAGAAGGAAAAGAAGAGCAAACACCACAAAUCCGCAGCCACGCCCGAGAAACCGGCAGGGCGAAAAGAACAGGCACACGAGGCCGUCGUCCCGGACCCAAAGGAGUACCCCUUCUUCUCGCAGACCUUCUCGCAGCGCAUCCCCGUGUGGCCGGCCGCCUUCGACGAGCCCAUCACCAAGACGGCGCGCGAGUACCUCGACCCGAUGCUGAACCGGUACUCGCCCAAGUUCAGGGGGGUGCUGCUGGCGUACAAGAACGUGAACCUGUCGGAAGGGCCCCGGCGCGCGGACCCGGAGGACCCGCCGACGGACGACACGCCCGUGGUGCUUGAGUCGGUCGAGUGCUACGCGCCGCCGUUCGCGUGGCUCACCGCCGACCUGCACCUGUUCGUGCCGUCGCGGGGCGCCUGGAUGGAGGGCGUCAUCAACCUGCAGAGCGAGGGCCACAUCGGCGUCGUGUGCUUCGACAAGUUCAACGCGAGCAUAUCGCGGCGCAGCCUGCCGAGGGGGUGGACGUGGGUGGACCAGCCGGAGGAUGAGGAGCUGGUGGAGGAGCAGCCCGAGCCGGCCGCCGAGGAGGACCCCUUCGUCGAGGGGCAGGAUAGCGGCGAGGGCGAGGAGGGCAAAAAGGCCGAGGAGGUGCCCCAGCUGAAAAGCUCCGGGCACUGGCUGGACCAGAACGGCGACAGGGUGACAGGGAAGAUCUACUUCCGCAUCAAGAACUUCUCGAGCGGGUCCACGGGCGACUACACGUACUUGAGUCUGCAGGGCACGAUGCUUGACGACGAGGCCGAGAGGGAGUCUGUUGCGGAGGAGAAGGCGAUUGAGAAGGCGAGGCGCGCGAGGCAGAGCCCCGGUGGGCUCCUGUACCCCACCAUGAGGUUGCCAGAAUUCAGCAUGACGAAGCUUAAGGAUGAUUCUAUAUGA